UCCCUGUCAUUGCUCCAUGGCUGGCUAUGGACUGCUGCUGAUCACACAGCUGUGGAGGGAUCUGUCCUUUGCUCGGUGACAAUAGGAGGCGACCAAUGGCUGGACUGGGAUGUGUGGUGCUGUAUACUGGGCUUAUACUGGAUGGUGGAGGAGGGAGCUCAGCAUACCCGGUGAUAACCCUGUAAAUGCUGCCUUUCCAAGGACUGCGAUCCCAGUUCUAUGAAGACCUUUUUGGAAUGGACUACAGACCUACGUUCAUACCACUUCUGCCAUCACAACAAGAAUCAUGGAGCACAACAACUUUCCAGAAUUGCUGAAGUCCUUUGAAAAACUUGGCAUAUACAAGUAUGGUGUUUUCAGCAAUGCUUACACCGGCUCAUCCCGUGACAUCCUACAGUACACAUAUCAUCUAUGAAAAUGGCUAUACAAACAUAACGACACCUCAGUCUACAUUUCGUGGCAGCCUAGAUCUACCACCAAAAUACGUACCAGUUGCCAUGACCACAGCUGGUACUUUACCAUUGAACACUACAGCUUCUACUGCUACCCAGUCUACAAAAGAUAAUUUGGAGACCUUAAAUUUGCCCCUUCAAAUAAUCCUUUCUUCGGUAAUGGUUAUUAUUCUUUUGCUGUCAUUCCUAGGAAAUUUUGUGGUCUGUCUUAUGGUCUACCAAAAAGCUGCCAUGCGAUCUGCAAUUAAUAUUCUACUUGCAAGCCUGGCAUUUGCUGACUUGCUGCUUUCUAUUCUGAACAUGCCCUUUGCAUUGAUAACUAUCAUUGUUACCGAGUGGAUCUUUGGAGAAGUAUUCUGCAGAGUAUCAGCCAUGUUCUUUUGGUUGUUUGUAAUAGAGGGCGUUGCUAUCCUGCUUAUAAUAAGCAUUGACAGGUUUCUAAUCAUUGUUCAGAAACAGGACAAGCUGAACCCAUAUCGGGCAAAGAUUCUCAUAGUUAUUUCAUGGGCAACUUCGUUUUGUGUGGCUUUUCCUCUCGCUGUUGGCAACCCACAAUUACAGGUACCCUCUAGAGCUCCACAGUGUGUUUUUGGCUACACCACCAAUGCUGGUUAUAAAGCUUAUGUAAUACUGAUAGUCCUAAUUUUCUUUUUUAUUCCUUUUAUGGUGAUGAUUUAUGCUUUUAUGGGCAUACUGAACACUGUGCGCCACAAUGCAGUCCGUAUACAUAGCCAUCCGGAUAGCAUAUGCCUCAGCCAGGCAAGCAAGCUAGGCCUAAUGAGCCUUCAAAGGCCUUUUCAAAUGAAUAUAGACAUCAGCUUUAAAACUCGUGCCUUCACCACCAUUUUAAUUUUAUUCAUUGUCUUUAUAGUCUGCUGGGCACCAUUCACUACUUACAGCCUAGUUGCUACAUUCAACAGUGACUUCUACAGCCAGAACAAUUUUUUUGAGAUAAGCACUUGGCUCCUUUGGCUAUGCUACCUCAAGUCUGCACUAAACCCAAUAAUCUACUACUGGAGGAUAAAGAAAUUCCGGGACGCUUGUUUGGAUCUAAUGCCGAAAUACUUCAAAUUUUUACCCCAGUUACCUGGUCACACUAGAAGACGAAUUCGGCCUAGUGCCAUCUAUGUGUGUGGGGAACAUAGAUCAGUUGUGUAAACCCUUAAGAAAUGUAUUUUUAGUAACUGCCAUGACCUAUUUGUUAUGUGUUUUAAAUGAUUUCCCCUGUGCAGAAAGUGAUCUGUUAUUUGCCAGGAAGCAAUGUAAAAGUAAAACAUGUUACCUCUA